UGCUGCUUGUAUGUGCAUGGACGCAGCCAAUCUCUUCCUCAUGACGCCACCGAGGCUGGGCUCAGAUGUCUUAAGAUUUAACAGACCCACCCUGGAUGAACACUUGGGGGGAGAAAAGGCGGUACUGAGAGGACAAAAUCACGACCUGGAUCGCAACACCUGCCAGGCAGCGUCUGAUUUUACUUAAGAGACGCUCGCAGUCAAAAAAGAAGUGGAGCAGCAUCCGAGCACCUCGCCGAUAACCUGUUCUUUUCACGGAUUGUUUUCUCAAUUUAUGGUCUUAUAAAUUAAUUUCAGAUAUCAUUGGGACGCUUGAUUCCAGCGGACUACGUGAAAUCUACCUCUGUGGUGACAUUAUAUUUUAACAGAAAGCAAUUAUGACUCGUUUGAUGUCUCACUCCGCGCUGGGAAGCAGGUUAAAGGAAGAGCAUCGAUGCGCUUAACGGGACCCCGGUCCCCUUUGUUACAUCUCCUGAAACAUUUAUUCACACUGACGUCCCCCUGACAUCACAUCUAGCUCAUCAAGAGCACUUUUAAAUGCAAGUCCACCUGUCAAGACAUGAAGAUUUUGGACAAUUAUGAAUUGAACAAGACUCUUGAAUAUGAUGGGAAUUUUAGCGCUUAUUAUGAGUAAAAUGGUAAUAGAAGAUCGACAUAGUUAUAUUGCUGCUUUCUCAUAUCAUACUACUGUUGGAUCUUAAAAAGCUUGCUCUAUUUAAGGGAAAAUAUCGCAUAAAUAACCAUGAUAUUGUUUCGUAAAUUCAGAGUGUUGAUCCUAAUGGUGUUUUUAAUUGCGUGCACCCUGCACAUCAUGAUAGACUUGCUGCCAAAGCUGGAGAAGAGAGCUGCCGGAGCGGACGGCGAGGAGGGCGGUUGCCAGUGCGCACAGCACCCGGGCAGGGAGUCGCAGGGCUGGGGGAAGCAACGCGCCAGAUCGGCCGCUGAGGCGGGCUGGCCUAACAAGCACACCCUGAGGAUCUUGCAGGACUUCAGCAACGAGCCCAGCUCCAACCUGACGUCCCACUCGCUGGAAAAGAACGCGGCCAGUGGGGACAGAGCCAGGGACUCCCGCGGGCGGACGGGACCGUCGGCGAAGGAGCACAAGCCGCUGAUCGGGGACGCGAGCGGGGGGCGCACCGUCUCCACCCAGGCGCUCUCCCAGUUGUCGGCUUUGUUUGAGCAUUCCUUGUACAAGGUUGACCUUCCUCCCCUCACGGAUGAUGAUACUCUGUUUAACGUAAACAAUGACUUCAGGUUUUAUCCAAGAGACACAGGGAACCAGGGAUGGCAUAAUGAGGAGGGAAACGAGGAUGAAGAUGAGUUUUCUCCAACUUCAGAGGUGACAGCAGAAUCCUACCCCAACUGGCUGCGUUUCCACAUCGGGAUCAACCGAUAUGAACUGUACCCCAGGCACAGCACUGUGCUGGAUGCCCUGCUGAAAGACCUUGUCUCUCAGAGGAUCACCAGCGUGGCCAUGAAAUCCGGAGGCACCCAGCUGAAGUUGAUCAUGACUUUCCAGAACUAUGGACAAGCACUGUUCAAGCCUAUGAAGCAGACCAGGGAGCAGGAAACGCCUCCAGAUUUCUUCUACUUCUCCGACUUUGAGAGACACAAUGCUGAGAUUGCUGCUUUUCACCUGGACAGGAUCCUUGACUUUCGCAGAGUGCCGCCAGUGGCAGGGCGACUGGUCAACAUGACAAGCGAGAUCAGAGAUGUGACACGUGACAAGAAGCUGUGGAGGACCUUCUUCAUCUCGCCAGCCAACAACGUCUGCUUCUACGGUGAAUGCUCCUACUACUGCUCCACUGAGCAUGCUCUGUGUGGUAAACCAGACCAGAUCGAAGGCUCGUUAGCUGCAUUCCUACCAGACCUGAAUCUGGCUAAACGCAAGACCUGGAGGAACCCCUGGAGACGCUCCUAUCACAAGCGCAAGAAAGCAGAGUGGGAAGUGGAUCCAGAUUAUUGUGACGAGGUGAAACAGACGCCCCCUUAUGACCGUGGGACCAGAUUGCUGGACAUCAUGGACAUGACCAUCUUUGAUUUCUUAAUGGGCAACAUGGAUCGCCAUCAUUAUGAAACUUUUGAGAAGUUUGGAAAUGACACUUUUAUCAUUCACCUUGAUAAUGGAAGGGGAUUUGGAAAACACUCACACGAUGAGCUGUCGAUCCUUGUACCUCUAAUCCAGUGCUGCAGGAUCAAGAAGUCCACUUACCUGCGUCUCCAGCUGCUGGCCAAAGAGGAGUACCAGCUGAGUUCCCUGAUGGAGGAGUCAUUGCUGCGAGACCGGCUGUCUCUGAUCCUCAUCCAGCCUCACCUGCUCGCCAUGGACCGUAGGCUGCGGCUGGUUCUGCAGGGCCUGGCGGGCUGCAUAGAGAAAGAAGGCUAUAACAACGUUGUGGAGGAGGACCUAUCUGGUGACACAGCCACUCACAGGGGCCCAGGCCACAGGUAGUGAGGUCGAGAGUCCUCCAGGCUGACAACACUGACACAUAGCCCUAAUGGACCACACGCAGUGUUGGCUGUUUACCUAUUGGGAUUGGACCAAAAAUCCCUCCUCUGAAAUCAAGCUGAAUUCAAUGAAUUCCAAGACUGCUGUCAUUGCCUCUAUAGAAACUUCUUUUAGAUGUGUUUAUAGAAACAAUAAAAAAAGAAACAUGCUCACAUGGAGGCUUUAUACUUGUCAUAUUUUAUCUGUUUGAGACAUAGAGGAACUUCUUCUUGUGUUUUGAUUUUUGUCCUUUUAUGAUUUAUGUGUUUUUAUAACUGCAUAACCAAAUGCAACACACACUGACUGACUGAAGGGCAUAUAGUCAGACAAUAUAAGCUUUAUUAUUUACACAAUGUAUCAGAAGACUUUCUGAUAAACAAAGCAAGAUUAAUUGUUUUAGUGAAUGUUCCAAAACCUAUGAAAUGUCUGGAAACUAACAUCUUAUAACCAGGUGUGUCCAAAAAGUGUGUUUGUAAGCUUUAUUUCCCUUGGCACAGACUUACAGAAGAACAAGAUGGAUUUUACCACCUACUUCUAAAAAGUAUAAAUCAGAGAUUAAGUAUGUAUUUUACACUGCAUUACAGUAAGAAUUCUGACUUUGCCAUAGUUCUGUUUUAUUUAGUUUUUCCAUUUUUUUAAUCAUUUGGUUUAUCUUGCACUACAUGCAAUAAAGCUAACAUUAAAAAUAAAUAAAUAAACUUAGCAAACCCAAACAAAAAAAACUAAACAUCUUUGGAAUUCAACCAAUGUCUUUUAAUUGAUAAAAACAGGUCUGAAGUUUGUUUGUUUAACCAGCUUAGCUAUAAUAUCAACCUCUUUGCAAUACAAAGUUUUUUCCUCUAUAUUCAUAUUAUGAUUUGAUGGCUAAAAAUUCUUCUUUAUGCAUUUGGCGCACCAAAAAUGUAUA